UUGUGCUCUGGGGUAUUUUGAGUGACAAUUUGGGCGGAUCCUGACAAAAAAUCCCUAGAGAAUCCAUUGAGGGACUUCCACACCGGACGCAAAUAUUCACGUGUAAUGAAUUCAUAUCGAGGUCAAUCAUCGAUUUUUUUACACAUUAACGUCACAAUAGAAAUAAUAUCAAUUGCCACACAAUUCAGUUCAAAAGUGACCACCGACGAGAAUAUAUCGGAAAGAAAAAGGGAAGAAUACAGCUGAGAAGAAACCAUUCGUAAAAGAAAAAGUUGCUCAAUUUGCACAAGUGCAAAGUGGGGAGUCACUGGUGAUAAGGGGAGUGAUAACCAUUUUCAUUGCGAUUAGAUUAGGCGUGAAAAGAAUAGCGUGAGAUUGUCGCUUUUAUAAAAGACAGAGCAAAACAAUUUGCUGGUAUUUUUAGAAGAGUCAAAAGAGAAACAGUUUUUUUUGCAAUUUUUCCAUCAGUCAAGGAAAAUUGUGCUGAAUUUGCCGGGCAAAAAUGGCCAAUUUGGUGGGAAAUGUGAAAAUUCUGCAAGAGUUAAAAGCACACACAAGUGAUGUCACAUCAAUUGAAUUCUACGGAAGUUCACUCUUGAUCACGGGUUCUAGUGAUAAAACAGUGAGAGUGUUCCGUUGGGUGGUGGGCAGUGGCUUCGUGGAGGAGAGCUUUUCACCCCUCACUGGUCAUAAGUACGGUGUAACAAGUGUAAAAAUGUCGCCUCAGGGAGGAGUCUUGGCGAGUUCAUCCGUGGAUGGAAGCAUUAUCCUGUGGAAUAUAAAUGAUGGUCAAAAAAAUAGCGUGCUAAACCAAGAGGCUGGAGAAGCAAUUAGAGCGUGUGUCUUUAGUCCAGAUGGAUCUGCUCUCGUGAGCUCUGAUGAUUCUGGUGGUGUUUGUGUUUGGGGACAAAAUAAGGCCUUCAUCAAUUCAAUCCGCGUUCAUGAAGAAGCUGUUCAUACACUUGCCUUCUCACCAGAUUCAUAUCUUCUCCUUACGGGCUGCAAUCUGGGCAAUUUGCGCUUCUUCAUCAUUGAUCAUCCUAUCGAAAGUGAAAAAUUUAUUGCUGACUGCUCUGUGGACAAUGCUCAUGAUUUGGGAGUGCUCUCGGCGGAUUUUUGCAAAAUCAUCCGGAGUGAUCCCUCUGAUCAACGGACACAGAUCUAUACUCUAGUAACUUGUGGCACAGAUCACUAUCUGAAAAUUUGGCGAUUGUUUGUUGUACAUGGUAUUCAUGAGGCAGAGGAACGACGAACUAAAUUGGUGCCUCAGACACCUCAAGAACAUAUCUGUGGAUCAUCUACAAUUUAUUGCACGGAACGCAUGAAUGCUGAAUGUGUCCUUAGUUUCAAUGCCCAUGGAAGUUCUGUGACAUGUGUAAAAUUUAAUGCAAGUGGAACCCUUUUGGUGUCCACCAGUCUCGAUAGAAUGAUCAAAAUUUGGGAUAUGCAAGGAAAUUGCCUCAAGACACUCUCUGAACAUACUCGCUACGUAAAUUGCCUGACAAUCAAUGCAAAUUCCACAAUUAUUGCAUCCGGAUCCAAUGAUCGUCGGGUGAUUGUGUGGGAUUUAACUGGAGACUUGAGUUUGGACUCACAUAUUUCAGAGAUGAGAAGUCUUCUGUUUCGUCUGGUGGCAGACAGUGGAUCAGAUUUACCACUUGAAUUUAUCUGUCCAAUAACGCAUGAAUUGAUGAGGAAUCCUGUGACGUUGGAAGAUGGUUUUACAUAUGAAUGUGAAGCAAUUGAAGAGUGGUUCAAAAUGGGCAAGAAAACAUCUCCAAUGACAAAUCUUGAGCUCUCAUCCGUCGAUACGAUUCCCAAUAGUUACUUGAAGAGCAAAAUCGACAAGUACCUGAAAUCACUGGAUUUUGACUCUGUGGACACUGGAUUCUAAUGGAGAUUAAUCAACAUUUUUAAUAUUCACGUGAUUUGUAAUUUCAACUAAUAUUGUGAUUUUUACACUAAAAAAAAUUGAAAAUAAAGAAUGCCCGCCAAUAUCAAAAA